UCGUGCGAGGACCACUUUCGGUGUAUCGGUAAAAACGGUCUUUUUGUGAGAAAAAUUGCAAAAAAAUAAAUUUGUGCGAAAAAAAAGUUUUGAAAUAGAAAUCUCUCAACCAUAAAAUGAAUAAAAUUUAAUAAAGUGUGAAAAUAUUAAAAAAAGGAAAUACAAAUUCUGUGAAAUUUCAAUGUGAAGAACAUGCGAGUUUCAUGCGUAUUUAGAGCAAAACGUAGAACACGUAAAUUGCUUGAAUGAAACGCAUUGAACAUUGAAUAAUAUAUUCAGUUUGUGCGAGCAAAAAUAAAAAAAUAAGUGCAGAUUUUUUGCAUAAAUAAUAAAAGUAGCAGUAAUAAUAAUAAUAAACAAAUACAACAGAGGAAUAACAAACACAAUAAAAACGAACGGAAAGGGAACUUGGUCUCCAAAGCAUAAAAGGAGGCACCAAACUACCCUUUUUAGUCUCAUAUCAAAUGAAUAAAUAAUGAAAUUGUGAAAGAAAGUCGUGUGUGAGCAUUUUUCGGCAUUACGGAAGGCAGCAAAAAAGCACACCGAAAAAUUCAUCUAACGAAAGGGAAACAAAAAAAAUAUAUAUAUUAAACGAACCUUGUGUGAUGCUAUAAUAAUAUAACUCAUACAUGUUUGAUACAAUAAGAAAAUUCUUUGCAGAAAAAAAUAUCAGACAAAAUAUAAACAAGGAAAAAGAUAUACCACCAACCAAAGAGGAAACAAUAAAAUAAAGCAUGCUUCUGUGAAUUUUUUUUUGCACAGACAUAAAGUAUAUAAAUUUUGCCAUUGUUGAUACAUUUAUAUCGCUCUCCCUCACUAUUUUUCCCAUGUUUGCUGAUGCCAACAAAAGUGUCACUACAAAUAGUCGAGCAUUCUAGCUGAAUACCAAAUUAUUUGUAAAUAAAAUAAAAGGAACUGGACGCAGAAAAAGGACACGCAAAAUUACAUUAAUAUUAUAAAUUACGUUUGAAUGAUAGGAAAACAAAAUAUGAUAGUGACUUGCAAAGAAUUUAUUAUUUAAUAAUAAUAGAAUAAAAUUUUACGAAAAUAAUAAUAUGAAAAUAAAAAAAUAUUUUUAAAAAUUAGUGUCAUUUCAUAGAGCAUAUGAAAUAUAAAAAAUAUAAAAAAGUGAGACGGAUUAAAAGAUUAUUUUAAACAAUUGUGAUGAAAGCUUAAAAAAGGAUUUUGACAGUAAAAAAGUUUAUGACAUAACUGGGAAAACCUCAACACAUAAUUGAAAAAAGCAUCAGCCUAAAGGUGCAUUGGAAGUUUUACCGAAAUGAAACUAUUGAAUAAUAAACAAACAUAAGUCAAAACCGAUUGAGAAACAAUAAACUCUCCAAGUGAACGAGUUGUUAAUAGAGAUAUUAAAAGAAUAAUUCCAGUCUUACAGAACAAAAAUAAAAUAAAUAUAACGUUACCAUUAAAAUCAAAAUACCACUAUAGUGUAAUGUAAAAGUAAUCGGAUUCGAUAAAUAAUAAAUAAAUAGAAAAUAAUAGGUAUAUCAUCAUAUCCGCCUUCGAAAAUAUCGAAAACAUCUUCAAGGAAAAGUAGAAGGAGGAUUUAAAUCAUCACAAAAAUCGUUUUAAAUGAAAUAAAUCAUCGAAUUACCAAUCAAAAUCAUCAUCAUGUUGGAAUUACGAAUAAUUAUCUUGUGUUUACCAUCAAUCCUACUGGCAACAACACUCGAACCAGAACACAUCAAGCCAGCGUCUCUCAUUGGCAACAAUGCACCAGACCUAGAAUGGAAGAGUUCCGUGCUCGACAAAGGCAAGGUCGGACCAACGCAAAAAAUUGAAAAUAAUCACAUUGAAGGCACAGACAAUCCGCAGUUCGAGGAAAGUGAGUUAAUGGCUCAUAACGCGACCGUUCAACUAGGUGGCACUGCGUUCCUCGUGUGCAAAGUUGCAGGAAUAGACAGGAAUCAAAUCACCUGGAUUCGUCGACGAGACUGGCACAUCUUAUCAUCCGGUGACCAAAUGUACACGAACGACGAGCGAUUCGGAAUUUUGCAUACGCCAGGCACAAACACCUGGACACUGCAAAUAAAAUUCGUGCAACGCAGGGAUCAUGGCAUGUACGAGUGUCAAGUGGCUACAUCCACUGGUGCAAUCUCGCACUUUGUAAAUUUACAAGUUGUCGUUCCUGAGGCAUUUAUCUUGGGCUCAGGCGAAUUACACGUUGAUAUGGGAUCAACAAUCAAUUUAGUUUGCAUCAUUGAAAAGAGUCCAACACCACCCCAAUACGUGUUCUGGCAACGAAACGAUCGCAUGAUCAACUACGAUGAAACAAGGAGUGAUAUUUCCAUAGAGACUACUCCGGGUCCCCGUACACAAAGUAGACUAGUUAUAAGAGAGCCACAGACAACAGACAGUGGGAAUUACACGUGUUCUGCCAGCAACACGGAGCCAGCUAGCAUAUACGUGUUUGUUUCGAAAGGUGACAACAUGGCAGCAAUAUCAAGAAGAAAAACAUCGUCAGCUAGCAGAAUCCUUUCAACGAUAUUUCAUAGCAGUCUGUGUUACCCUAGUGUAGUGCUAAUUUUAUUAACGUCAAGACAAUUCCUGUUCACCUAGAGCUUGCAGCAAAUACGAUUCUUCGCAACAAAAUUAUUAAUAAUGAUUAUAUUCAUACUGUAAUAAGGUCUAAUUAAAUUGUAUAAGGAACAAACCAUUAUAUAAACUAGCUGUAGAAUAACUUCUAUAAACGGAAGAAAACCAAAA